AUUGCAUUGAUACUGUUAUGUUAAGGCUGUUUAAGCCAAGUUUGCUGGAAGCUAGAUGGGGUAAUGUGAUAAACCUUGCAAGGGUUAGCACAUGGAAAGCAUUGGGAGGGGCUUUUAACUCAGUGGUGUCAGAAAAGUAUGAUAUAUGGACAAAAAACGUUGGCUUGUUUCAAGUUCCACAUUAUACAUCUCCUGAAGGGUUUGGGAAAGCUAAAGAUAAAGCAGUAGAUGAAUCAUGGCGGUUAGUUGAGAAAGUAAUCACUACAAAGCCUGGUAAAGAAACUAUUUUACUUUUCGACGAGUUGUCAGACACACUUUGUAGAGUUGCGGACUUAUGCGACUUUGUGAGAUGCGCUCAUCCCAAUUCGGCGUUUGCAGAUGCUGCUGCAGGCGCCCAUCUUAGUAUUGGUACAAUGGUGGAGGAAUUGAAUACAAAUAAACAGCUAUACGAAGCUUUGGCCAGAGUUACUGAUGAUAGAGAAAUUAUGGCCAGCCUUGAUGAAGAAACAAGUACAGUUGCAGACCUGUUUAUGUUUGACUUUAAAAUUAGUGGAAUACAUUUACCCGAUAAAGACCGCCAAAAAGCUGUUCAACUUCAUGAAGAAAUAUUAAAGUUAACUUCCAUGUUUCUGCAGAGCGUGCAUUCACCAAUUGCUAUUUCAAAAUCUCAGCUUCCUGAAAGAAUACUGCCUUAUUUUAACGUAUCUGGGGAUAAUGUGGUUGUUAAUGGGUUGAUUAAUGACCAUCCUGAUGAAAUGGUUAGAGAAACAGCUUACAGACUUUACUAUUAUGAUAAUCCAUCAUUUGAAGCAGUUGUACAUCAACUAUUGCAUGCAAGAAGAGAAGUGGCGCAAGUUGCAGGUUUUGAAACUUACGCCCAGCGUGCUCUCAAAUCUACAAUGGCAAAGACACCAGAAGCAGUUUCUUCAUUUUUGCAUUCACUGUCCAAAAAAUUGCAAUCUUUGACUGAAAGUGAACUUAAUGAUAUGCGAAUAUUGAAACAAAAAGAUGUUGCAUCGAGCCCAGAACUAAUGCCAUGGGAUUAUUAUUACUAUAUGGAUAAAUUAAGGGAAUCUAAAUGUGCUGUUGACCCAGCAGUGUACAGUGAAUACUUUUCCCUUGGAGAUUGCAUGGAAGGCUUAAACAUUCUUUCUAAUUCAGUUUAUGGGGUUAACAUUGCCCCAGUGGCCACUCAAAAGGGUGAAGUUUGGAGUAAAGAUGUUGUCAAACUAGCAGUCUCCAAUAAGCAGAAUGUUGUUCUUGGGUAUAUUUACUGUGAUUUCUUUCAUAGAUCAGGGAAACCUUUACAAGAUUGUCACUUCACGAUACGAGGGGGUCGUAGGUUGCGAAACGGUGACUAUCAAGCCCCAAUAGUUGUACUAAUGCUUCACCUCAAUCCUCCCACUAUUAAUCAACCAACACUAUUAACCCCGACCUCUCUUCAUAAUUUGUUCCAUGAGAUGGGCCACGCAAUGCAUUCCAUGGUGGCUCGCACACGUUACCAACAUGUUACUGGUACAAGGUGUGCCACUGAUUUUGCUGAAGUCCCAUCUAUACUAAUGGAACACUUUGCCUCAGAUCCAAGAAUACUUUCCACCUUUGCACGCCACUAUAAGACAAGACAACCAAUGGCAAAGGAACUUAUGAACCUUAUGUUGCAGUAUGAACAAGUGGGCCAAAUCACAGAACUGCAAACUCAAGUAUUUUAUUCCAUUAUGGACCAAGAUCUACAUGGCCUGCAUGUCAACAAUGAACAAUCCACCAGCAAAAUUGUGCAACAGAUACAACAGGAGCAUUUCUGCUUGCCUUAUGUGCAAGACACUGCUUGGCAUCUACGGUUUGCACACCUAGCAACAUAUGGGGCAAAAUAUUAUUCAUAUAUUAUGUCUCGUGCUGUAGCUUCACGCCUCUGGUCGCAGUGUUUCAAAAGUGACCCUUUAAAUCAUGCAAUGGGUGAAAGAUACACACAGACCAUGCUUCAACAUGGUGGUGGCAAAGAUCCGAUCUCGAUGUACCAAGAUAUGUUGCAGGAGACAUUCAAUAUUGAAACAUUGGUUGAUACUUUAAUUGAUGAUAUAAAUGUAAAACAUUAAAAACAACAAUUAUUAUGAUUUUGAUCUUGUUUGUGUUAUUGUGAUGUUUUCGUGAAUGGGCCAAGUUCUAUUUGUGGUGAAAUCUUCAAAUUAAUUCAAAAGACUUAUUAUUUUACUUUACAGA